AUACAUAACAGGAGAAAUUGACGCGGGGUGUUUGGGAUCCUCUUUCAAAACCGCCCCCCUCCCUCCUCCUUCCCUCUCCCAAUCUGUUGUAAAUUCAGAGAUCUCAUCCCUUCCCUCCAUUCUCCGUCCCUUCCCCCUCCCCCCACCCCGGAUACCUGGAGCCCCCACUAUCCUCAUCCUGUCUGGAAUCAAAUGGAAGGUUUUCAGAUAGGACUGACACAAUGGAACCCCCCUGUCAGUACAGCGACCCCCUACAUCCGGAUAUUGGAACAGCCCAAACAACGGGGGAUGCGCUUCCGGUACAAGUGUGAGGGGCGGUCGGCAGGUAGCAUCCCUGGAGAAAAGAGCACUGACAGCACGAGGACCUAUCCAGCCAUUGAGAUUGUGAAUUACCUCGGCCCAGCCAGGAUCCGAAUCUGUCUCGUCACCAAGAAGGAGCCUUAUAAGCCCCACCCCCACGACCUAGUGGGGAAAGAUUGCAAGGAUGGAUACUAUGAGGCUGAUCUACCUGCGAGGAGCAUCCACAGCUUCCAGAACCUUGGCAUUCAAUGUGUGAAGAAGCGUGAGGUGAGCCUGGCCAUCCAGAGUCGGAUCAGCAAGAAUGUCAACCCCUUCAACAUUUCACGAGAGGAGCUGCUGAACGAGACAGAGGAGGAUCUGAACGUAGUCCGGCUUUGUUUCCAAGUCUUCCUUCCCAAUGAGGUUGGAACCUGCAACGUACCUCUUCUGCCUGUCGUGUCCAACCCAAUCUAUGACAACCGAGCUCCAAACACGGCGGAGCUGAAGAUCUGCCGGGUGAACAAGAACUCUGGGAGCUGUAAAGGUGGAGAGGAGAUCUUCCUGCUCUGUGACAAGGUUCAGAAAGAAGAUAUCGAGGUGCGGUUCUUCACCUCCAGUUGGGAAGGGAAGGGGUCCUUCUCCCAGGCUGACGUCCACCGGCAGGUGGCUAUCGUGUUCAAGACGCCGCCCUACAAGGACAUCACGCUGAGCCAGCCCGUCACGGUCCACAUGCAGCUGCGUCGCCCCUCCGACAAGGAAGUCAGUGACGCCAUGGAGUUCCAGUACCUCCCGGACGACAAAGAUCCCUACGGCACCCAGGAGAAACGUCGCAAAACACGCCUCGACUUUAUGACCAUGCUUCAUAAAUGUAACAUGCAGGGGGUGCCCCCAGCCCAGAGACCCAUCGCCACGCCCCAUCGAGCUGGCAGCGACAGCAGAGGGGCCAACGCCAAGAUGUUCGAGAAGCUGGAGCACAGAGGCGGGAGUGCUCCGGAUAUCCUGGGAGGGACCAUGCCGGCCAGCCACGGUUAUCAGCCUCUUGACCGUUUUCAUACGGGCGCCUGCCACCCCCAGGUGCCUGUGUCUGCCCCCGUCCCGUCAGUGGCUGCCCCCAUCCCCCAGACGUACAACUAUUUGCCCCCGGUGGUGACAGACACCCGGGGAGGGCAGCUGGUGAGCCCCUUCGCCUUCACUAGCAAGGCUCCAGACGUUGCCAACGUGCCCAACGCCUUCUCCACCAUCGACGUGACCGAACUGUUUGGCAGCUCCUUCCAGCUAGGGCAGAACGGGGGAGGGGACGGGGCGGGAGGGGGAGGGGGGGUGGCGGCCACGGCCUCCGUCCCCUGCAUUGCCAAACCAGAGCUGUACCUGGGCGAGGGGCCCAGCUCAAUGGAUCAGUUCCUGGGCGAGGGCACCAUGAUGGGGCAGGAGGGUGAGUGUGUCAGCCUGGGCUCCAUCGAUAACAUGGAGUUCCGGGAGAUGCUCAAGCAGGAUGUGUCAAACAUACAACUGCAGCCACAUUCGAACCCCCUGAGGCCCUCGCUGCCGGACUUCAGCUUGGAUGGGCUGUCCAGCAGCAUGCCGACCACCACGCUGAUGAGCUACUCGCCGGACAUCCUGAAGCUCAUGGCCAGCAGUCAGGAGGAUGAGAAACCGGAUCCCGGUGAAGCAGCGCUCAAUGGGGACCUGGAACCCGCCGCUUUCCUGCCGGACCCCUCUGAUGAGGAUCACUUAAUGUCCCUCUUUUCGCAAAGCUUUGAGCUGAUGAACUCUUCCGAGAUAAACAAGAUCUACGAGACACAAUAGGAAGUAAAUUCUCCGACUCCCGAUCCCUGCUCUGCUGUGUUGUUAAAUCCGUGCCUCCAUUUGGAAGUUCUCAUCAUAGUCUUCAGUUCCUUACCCUAGCCCCUCCUUCCCUCCCCUGCCCCGUCCUUCCUCCCUACCCCCUCCCUACCUACCCCUUCCCCUUCCCUCUCCCUCCCCUUCUCUCUCUCUCUCUCUCCCGUUCUCUCUCUCCCUCC